UUUUUUUUUGCGGGUUCACUGUUUUACUUGUAUAAAAAAGCAAUUCCCGCUUCGUGUGAAAAGGGGAAAGGAGGCGACACAGAAAAAGACGUCAUACAGCGACAUUCCUAAGUUGGACGAUCAUUUAACAGUAUACUACUCAGUAAACCUUUGUCUCCAUUCCAAAGCUUUUCCCCCGGUCGGCUUGCGUGGUAGACAGCCGCGUUACGAGUCAUCCUUGAACACUCUCUUGUCUUCGACGCAGGGAAUCCAUCUCCAUACAUAUAAUCCGUUCUCUAUUUAUCUGGGAAGAUGGAUCAACAGGGUCAGUCCGGAGUUCCCGGCCCCGCUGGCCGCAAGCUUCAUAUAGCUCAUCGGAGGAGUCCAUCGGAGCUAACUCCCCUCAUGAUGGAACAAUUAGCGAUUCAGCAACAGAUUGAGCUACUUCAACAGCAACAACAACAAAUCGCUGCUACUCACCAACAGUAUGUUAAUAUGGGACUCUUACAGCCUCAACAGUUGGGCCAGGUUUCAGCGUUCUCUCCUUCACUCCAAGGGGGUGCGUCCAUGGGCGGAGUCUCCCCUCAGAUUAAUGCCUUCCAAUUCCCCCAAAUUGCCCAGCAGCAGCAGCUCGGUGUCCCGAUGAACAGCCCCGGUCAACACUCGCAUCGCCGCAACCAAUCAGCUCUCCCUGGCUUGGGCAUGGGACCCCCUCCAGCACCGUCCUCCGGCGCUUCAGGGUAUUCUGACUACAACCAGCCGCAAGGCAACCAGCCAAAGAACGACAAUGGUGGUCACGGUCGUGGUCGAGGGGGGCCUCCGGGUGGUGGCCACCAGCGACGUCACUCACUUGCACUGCCUGAAGCUAAGAAGGCCGCAGAACUCGCUCAGCAGAAGAGAACGGCGUCUGGGUUCCAAUUCCCUGCCCCCGGUGCUGGAGCUGAGUCAUCCGAUAAUGCCGCAGGUUCGGACGAUAAGUCCCCCGCUUCUACGACACCGGGCCCUCAAGGCCUGGGACUUCACCGGGCUGGCAACAUUCGAGCUGGCGGUCAUGGUCGGAGCCAAUCUAUGGCUGUGGGCAGCAAUCGAGGCUCGCUUUCUGGCCGCGGUGCUGGUGGAUUCCAAUUUCCACCGUCAAACGAUUCAGAGAACCCACGCCGUGGUAGCGGCCAUGCUCGUACUUCAUCUAGGAAUUUCGAUGGCAACUGGCGCCAACCAAACAACCAGAAUCAGGCUCAGGAUCAACAGAAGAGUUUCGGACAACAGGGCAGUGGCUUCCAGCCCGGCCACCGUGCACGUGCAUCGAUGAAUCAGUCCAUCGGCUCUAUUGGUUCGUUCCAGUAUCCUGGACAGCCACAGCUCAUUCAGUUACCUCAGGGACAGGUUGUCAUGGCCCCGCCGCAGAUGUUUGGCGGCGGCCAGCAGCUGAACCCGUUGCAGCUUGCACAGCUCCAGGCUCUUCAGCAAAAUGGCCAGCUUAACGGCCAAGGACUUGGUCUUCAGGCUAGCCAGCACGCCCCUCCUCAGUUGUCUGCUCAGCAACAACAACAGCAGCAACAACAACAGCGGAAGACAUUGUUCACCCCAUACCUGCCACAGGCUAACCUGCCCGCUUUGUUGAGCAAUGGCCAGCUCGUGGCCGGUAUUCUGCGGGUCAACAAGAAAAAUCGUUCCGAUGCGUAUGUCACAAGUCCUGAUUUGGAUGCCGAUAUCUUCAUCUGUGGUAGCAAAGAUAGAAACCGUGCUCUUGAGGGUGACUACGUAGCCGUGGAACUCCUGGAUGUGGAUGAAGUCUGGUCUCAAAAAAGAGAGAAAGAAGAGAAGAAAAAGCGCAAAGACAUUACAGACGCCCGGGCUGGUAGCAACGCUGGAACUGAUAAACUCUCCCGUGCUGAUUCUGGCGCAAAUGGAGAUCGCCAGGAGGUCGGCCCUGAUGGCAGUAUUCGCCGCCGUGGCAGUCUCCGUCAACGCCCAACGCAAAAGAAGAAUGAUGAUGUCGAAGUGGAGGGCCAGAGUCUACUUUUGGUCGAGGAAGACGAGAUCAGCGAUGAACAGAAGCCGCUGUUCGCGGGCCAUGUUGUUGCUGUGAUUGAACGCAUCGCCGGACAGAUGUUUUCGGGCACUCUAGGACUCCUCCGUCCCAGUAGCCAGGCGACGAAGGAGAAGCAAGAGGCCGAACGGCUGGCCAGAGAUGGCCCUCACGGCCGUUCGCAACAUGAGCGUCAGCAGGACAAGCCGAAGAUUGUCUGGUUUAAGCCCACGGACAAGCGUGUUCCUCUGAUUGCCAUCCCUACGGAACAGGCACCCCGCGAUUUCGUCGAGAAGCACCAGGACUACGCCAACCGCAUCUUUGUUGCUUGCAUCAAGCGGUGGCCUAUCACGUCUUUGCAUCCUUUCGGAACCCUUGUUGAGCAGUUGGGUGAAAUGGGCGACCUCAAGGUAGAAACCGAGGCGCUCCUCCGUGACAACAAUUUUGGGUCUGAUGAGUUCUCUGAUGCUGUCCUCAAGAGCAUUGGCUGGGAGGACUGGUCCGUUUCCAGUCAGGGCGAAGCUCUCCUUGCCUCUCGUCGGGAUUUCCGUCAGGAAACGACCUUCAGCGUCGUUCCCAGUGGAACCAAAGAGCUUGAAAAUGCCUACCAUUUCAAGCCUCUUGGAGAUGGCAACGUGGAAAUUGGAAUUCAUGUCACUGACAUUGCUCACUUCGUAAAAGGCAAUUCUCUUGUUGAUCGUGAGGCAAAGAAACGAGGCACCGCUGUCUAUCUUGUCGAUCGACUAGUCAACCUGCUGCCGCGGCGCAUCUCCACCGAGCUUUGCUCUUUGCUUCCUGGAGAGGACCGCCUCACAGUUAGCGUCGUGCUAAAGGCUAAUCCGGAGACGGGCGCUAUUGACGACGAUAUUUGGAUCGGCAAGGGCAUUAUCAAGAGUGCCGGCAGAUUGAGCUACGAGGAGGUUGACGCCGUGGUCCAGGGAGCUUCGGAUCUUUCUGUGCCUGAAAUAAAGGCUGACACUCUUCGAGCACUAUAUGCCGUUGCCUCCAAGUUCCGCGAAGCGAGAUUCGGCAACCGAGUCGCGCAUAUCCCUCCUCUGCGACUGCUCCAUCAGAUGGAUGAUGAGAACGUCCCCGUUGAAUACAAUAUCUUCAACUCCUCCCCUGUGCGGGACAUUGUGGAGGAAUUGAGUCACAAAGCAGACUUUUUCGUUGCGCGUAAAUUAGUAGCCGCUUUACCUGAAAAGGCGUUCCUCCGUCGUCAGCCAUCGCCCAAUGUGCGCCGCCUCCACUUGUUCAUUGAUCGGAUGAACAGGCUUGGGUUUGACUUGGACCCGACAAGCAGUGGUACAUUGCAGAGCAGUCUUUGCAAGGUCCAGGACGAUGAUUUGCGUAAGGGUAUGGAAACACUCUUGGUUAAGGCUAUGCAGCGUGCCAAAUACUAUGUCGCCAGCAGCGUUCAGGACGAGCAGCGUCAUCAUUACACUCUCAACCUUCCAGUCUACACCCAUUUCACCAAUCCAUCUCGCCGUUAUGCCGAUAUCAUCGUUCAUCGCCAAUUGGAAGCCAUUCUAUCUAACGGUGCCAUUGAGUUCUCUGAUGAUGUCGAAACCCUGAACAAGGCUGCGGACGUUUGCAACAACAAGAAGGACUCUGCCCACAAUGCUCAGGAGCAAAGUGUUCACAUCGAAGCGUGCCGCAACAUGGACAAGAAGAGACAGGAGAUUGGCGGUGACCUUAUUAGCGAGGGUAUUGUCCUUUGCGUCUAUGAGUCUGCUUUUGAUGUCCUCAUUCCGGAAUUUGGAUUUGAGAAGCGUGUCCACUGUGACCAAUUGCCCCUGAAGAAGGCCGAGUUCCGCAAAGACUCCCGUGUCUUGGAGCUCUAUUGGGAGAAGGGUGUCCCGUCCUCGGCAUACAUUCCUGAGGAUGAACGUCCCAAACCCGGGAACUCCCGUGCUGCUCAGGCUGCGGCAGCUGCGCGUGAGGCAGAAGCUGCCAGAGAGCGCGCCCGUGAGAGGGAGGAGGCUAUGCGAAAGCAGACUGAGACUGGAACGAUCUCCACCAACGACGUGGAUGCCCUGUUCGACGAUGACGAUGAUGACGUCUCCGAGGUCACUGAGAUGGCUGCAGGCGUGUCAUUAAACUCAUCUGCUGAUCGCUCGACUCAGAGCAUGCCGCCCUCCCCAACUCGCAAUGGUCAUCUUCAGCAGUCGCCCCACAGAACCCGUUCAGAUCCGAAGAUUGCAACGAUCGGCGGCGAUGCUCCCGAGGCGAAAUUGACCAACAAGGAGAAGUACCUACAGCUCUUCAAGCUCAGGGAAGAGGACGGCGAGUAUAUCCAAGAUGUCACCGAGAUGACCAGGGUCCCCAUCAUCCUGAAGACCGAUUUGUCCAAGAGCCCUCCUUGUCUUACUAUCCGCUCUGUGAACCCCUACGCUCUGUAGAAGCCCAAGUCUCAACACCGCGCCGUCGAACAUGUGUCUACAUGCUUACGAAAGCCGAUUUUGGCCUGGUUGGCAGACCUAUCACAACGGUCGUAUAUUGAUAUACAUUGGCUGUCAUACAGUACCAUCGUAUUUGCUACCGCCAGAUGUCAAACGGUGGACCGUUGUGGUUUCUUCCUUCUUCUGGUAAUAUUGCUUUAAUCAGUCUAGCGUGUUAGUUUGUUAUCUCCAUUAUAAUGGCUAUGAGCCUUCCAAACUUGCAGGAAUGUUCCACUGCACCGGUUGUUGUGUGUCGUUUAUAUCAGUCACAGCAUUACGCAUGGGGGAAGUAUACUAUUCCUCGCGCGAGGAACCAUUUCAAGAGCCAAAGGUUCCCGACAAUAGGGACCCGGGGGGCCUGAUGGUAUGAGAAAGGGGUCUUCAUUAUUCUUAGUAUGGAUCGAAAACUCGAUCGUAAGGAGGCUCAAGGAAAAAUUUGACUAUUCGUUUUAGAUGUUUGCAUGAUUUAUUUCGAAACAAGCGGCUUCGCGUAAGAGUCUCUCCGCUCCUCACCUAUAAGUUGAGGGCAAAGAAAGUAGUCGUAGUAACGUCCAUAGUCAAUAGAACUCCUCGAAACAGUUGCGCUUGCCAUCUUGCA